AUGGGUAUACUAGCUCUGGAACCUCAUCCCCGUUUGGCCGCCCCAGACUCUCCGCCCGGGCUGGUUAGCCCAUCAUCAUCAUCUUACUCCUCCAGGCCAUCUCCUCCUGCCGAAAAGCUCUGGGACGCCAGGUUUGGUCCCAUAUCCCCUGCCAUGUCCAACUACGAACAUGGCUCGGCGGCCGAUGUGUCGACUGCCGGCAAAGGUGCUGAAGGCGGUUCGUCCCGUAAGGAUUCGACACAAAGCGCUCCUCGCCAGCAACUGCCAUCACUGAGCAGUCUGUUUGGACCUCCUCCACCACUCCGGCCGUUGCAUUCUCCGCUGACCGAGCGGCCGGCCCCUUACCCGGCGACGUCUCCCUUGGACCGCCCGCGUAUGCCGCAACCUCACAAUGAUCGCUCUUAUGCCACAUCGUACUUCCCGCCUCAGGAAAGCUCUCCAACGAUGUCCCAGCCACGGAGUACCUACGAUGCCAGGUACGACCACGAGAGGCAGGCCUUGCAUGGCUUGUCCCGUUCCUUUUCCGGCCCUGGGUCACCGAGAUACCGCGAAUCCGAACAUAUGCGUCCCGAGUCGAGAUCUGACGUCGGUUUGGGAAGCAAGUGGUCGAUACAUCAUGACGCUGGAAAGCAUGAGUACGCCUUGGUAUCCAGAGAGAACCAACCCCCACUACGGGCUUCACAUGACAGGAUGUCCUACCAGUAUUCCAGCAAUAAAGACUCUGGCUCUUCUUACCGGGAUCAGCGCUCCCCUUCUGGACCUGGUCUUUUGCAGGCAUCGGCGUCUGCCAGUACAACGACCUCGGAAGGAAUCCCAUCGAAGGAUGGUCUCGGCCCCAAGAUAUGGACGGGGAGUCACUUUCUCCCACGAUUCGUUCGUGCCGCCGAAGUGCCGGGUGAAGGGAUGUGUUAUUUCUACGAUGAUGGAAGUCACUGCAAGACGGUUAUUGAUGGCGAGGCAGUCAACGCUCACUGGGGUGUCACAAAGGCAGGGAAGCCAAGGAAGAGACUGGCGAUUGCGUGUGUCACCUGCAGGGAGAAGAAAAUCAAGUGCGACCCUGACUAUCCUCGCUGCGUUCAAUGCGAGAAAUUUGGCCGGAUCUGCAAGUUCAAGAACGCACCACGAGGUGGCCACAACACCUCCCCAUCAACGCCUCCUGCUGAACCAGAGGACUUGAGGCGUCUGGGAGGCUCGGCCAACUCGAACGACAUGCACCGACCUGGGAGCAACUCCAGCGCGCCUGUUUCUCCUCGAACCACGUACCGUCAGCCCAGCCCAGAGCCCUCGAUGCCUCACAAGAGGAUGCGCCUCGGUUUCGACUCGUACCCCUCGAUGCCGAGCGACUCUUCCGCCUUGGUGAGCCGGACGCUCGAGACGGCAAAGGUCAACGCCUGGCAACACCGCCAGCCAGUUGAGCUCCCUCGGAUCCACGAGGACGUGCUUCACCGAUCUCCAGAAGACCUGAUGCUCACCUAUAGCAUCCUCGACGUUGGGAUCACCUUGUCAGGUGGUCCAAGAACAAUCGCCUCCGAAUACGCUCAGUUCGCACGGUAUGCGCAGCAACAGCUCCCACCCAGCCUUCAGCUUGCGCAAUCUCGACUACUCCUGGCGGUCUAUUACAUGUCUACGUCUAGAGCCUGCGAAGCAAACGAUUUGAUCAGUGCGGCCAUCUCGAUAGACAUAUUCAUCCGGUUACCAUGCGAAUCGGAUGUGUUUCAAAGUCAACAGGCUUCUCAGGCACCUUUCUUUUCAGCGCUCGGUUCGAGCUCGUCUAAAAUGGCGGAUCAACGUUUACCCUUAACAGCCUACGUCCUCCAGCUAGUGGUCAUCCGGGAAGACAUCAUGUCUAGCGUCUACAAGAAUGAACACGGUCUAGUCUCGGAUGGAGAGCCAGCAAUAAUUGUUGAAAGCUCCGUCAGAAGGCUACUCAGCUGGCGUGGAUCAAUUCCUGGACAGUUGACCUACAGCCCAAGCAAUAUGGACCUGGCUGCUCAGGCUGGGAGCCUCAGCACAUUCCUUACGAUUCAUCUUCUGUUCCACCACGGUCUCGUAAAGGUUCACCGACACUCGUACGCCUCAAGCCGAAUCUCGGCAGCAAAACGGAUGUCAUACCUCUCGAGGAUCCAAGAGGAAGCUAAACAGGUACUGCAGAUCACGGGCAUGUUGAAAGCACUACUCCAAGCUCGGCGAACCCUACUGAGCGCGCCUCCUCCAUUCAUGAGCCAUGUGAUACUGGAGGCUGCCGACGUUCUCACUGCCCAGGGUUUAUUAUCAGACCUUCCUAUGCUUUUGGAUCAAUUGGCCGUUGCAAACGCGAUAGUCGAAGCUGCAAGUAUGGUUUGGGACGAGGCACGAAUUCAUCGGGCCGCACUGGAACAUCGACACGACGCUCUACGUCUUCUGCAAGAUCUUCAGCCCGGAGCAACACCAUCGGUUGGCGCAGCAGUGUUCGCCAACGGAAACGAGGGCAAAUGCUGGUAA